UUGGGUACCGAGCCAGAGCGAAGACCCGCUGAGUUUUGAGUCCAGGGGCAUCCCCGAAGAAACAGACGCGAAGGGAAGAAGCACUCUGUACAUAUCCUCUCUUUCCCAUCCGAGCCAUGAGCCUCUUCGGUAUAGGCAGAAGCCAGCGGACAUUCCGACCAAAAAAGAGUGCACCUUCUGGCAGCAAGGGAGCGCAACUUAGACAGCACAUUGAUGCCACAUUAGGAAGUGGAAAUCUAAGGGAAGCAGUAAAGCUACCUCCUGGGGAGGAUUUAAAUGAGUGGCUUGCCGUCAACACUGUGGACUUCUUCAACCAGGUGAAUCUGCUCUAUGGUACCCUAACGGAGUUCUGUACUCCUGAGAAUUGCCGGACAAUGUCUGCUGGACCCAAGUACGAGUAUAGAUGGGCAGAUGGUGUACAAAUCAAGAAACCUAUUGAAGUUUCUGCUCCAAAAUAUGUGGAAUAUCUAAUGGACUGGAUUGGAGCACAGCUUGAUGAUGAAUCCAUAUUCCCUCAGAAGCUUGGUACCCCUUUUCCCCCUAACUUCAAGGAUGUUGUGAAGACAAUAUUCAAGCGAUUGUUCCGUGUAUAUGCUCACAUAUACCAUUCCCAUUUCCAAAAAAUUGUGAGUCUUAAGGAGGAGGCCCACCUAAACACAUGCUUCAAGCAUUUCAUACUCUUCACUUGUGAGUUUGGGCUGAUCGAUAAGAAGGAGUUGGCUCCACUUCAGGAGCUUAUUGAAUCCAUAAUUGUUCCAUACUGAAGAAGUAAAAUGGAACAUAGGAAGCAUAGCUAAUGUAUUGAAUUUGAUGAAUGCUUAUUGAUGCUUGACUUAAGAAAUCUUCCAUGUAUGAGUUGUUUAGGAUGUGCUGGCAUAGGGUCUUAUGACUGUAAGUGAAGCUUCAUGAUUCACAGUUUCACACAACAAACAGGGGAGGUAAUGGGGCACCGUUGAUGACUGCUAAAUAUUUCUGCUUUACGUUCCCUACUGGAAAGCUUGUUGACAGAAUUUAACUCAGUGUUAGCGAACUGAUGAUGUAGAUAUCACUCUGUUCCUGAUUAAGUGAUUGUUAAGACCUGUGUUUGUCCUUGAAGUUGAACUGUUAAUUA